AUGGCCACUGAACUGACGGACUUUACAGACUUCACACAAGACCGUCAUGGCCCUGAUAACGACGCACGCCGUGAGCCGGAGACAGGCAGCUCAAUCACAUACUCCCGGCUACCUCCCGCAGACGGCGGGAGGCAAGCGUGGACUUUUCUCGCCGCCAGCUUCGUGCUGGAAGGAAUCGUAUGGGGUCUGCCGUUCUCCUUCGGUGUCUUCCAAGUCUACUACACUUCCCACGAACCGUUCGCUAGCCAGAGCAGCAGCAUCGCUGCCAUCGGCACAACAGCGACAGGAGUUGCCUACUUCUCUAGCCCUUUCCUCAGCAUUGCCUUGCAGCGCUGGCCAUGGACCCGGAGACCAGCCAUGGUACUUGGACUCGUCAUCAUGGCCGUCGGUCUUGCCGCUGCUUCCUUCUGCAAUUCCGUACUCGGGCUCAUCGCCACGCAAGGCGUUGUAUACGGAAUAGGCAGCAUCCUGCUCUAUUUUCCCGCAAAUCUAUUCCUUGAUGAGUGGUUUGUGGCACGCAAAGGCCUGGCUUUCGGAACCAUGUGGGCGGGAACGGGAUGUGCAGGUGUUAUUGUGCCCUUCGUCAUGGAGUGGUUGCUCGGAAAGUAUGGCUUCAGGAUCGCCCUGAGAGUCUGGGUUGUGGUCACGGUCAGUAGUCCUGGGCACUCGAAUGCCCACUUUGAGAAGCUAACCAUCGGGACUAGCUUGUCGUCGCCACACCGUGCUUAUUCCUCGUAAAGCCUCGCUUGCCCGUAACAACCGCAAACGCGUUGCGGCCUCAGGAUUUCGCUUUCUUCAAGAGAGUACCAUUCUGGAUCUUCAUGUUCGGCAAUAUUGCAUACUCCCUCGGCAUCUUCUUACCUUCGCUUUGGAUGCCGUCCUAUGCGGCUGCGACGGGACUACCAGCCUACGCUGGGCCUCUGAGCUUGGCUUUCUACAACGGAGGUUACUCCUUGGGCGGUAUCUUUUUGGGACAUGUCGCAGACCGUGUUUCUCACAUCUCCAUUGUAAUCUCCAUAACUGCAAUUGGGUCGACGCUCGCUGCUUUUGUCUUGUGGGGCUUUGCAAUGUCGCAAGGAAUGCUCUACUGCUUUGCUAUCCUUUGGGGCAUCUUUGGUGGUGGAAACAACGCUACCUGGCCCGGAUCUGCUUGUGCAAUGAAUAGGCAUGAUCCAGCCAACGGAGUCGAUACUGGCACCUUCAUAGGACUCAUGGCUGCAGGAAGAGGCAUUGGUGGUAUCAUCAGCGGACCGCUGAGUGAGAAGUUGCUACACCUUGGUUGGCAUGUUCCUGGAAAGUUCGCAUACGGUACCUCUUACGGUAUUCUGGUGAUCUUCUGCGGCGUUAGUGCGACCUUUGGAGGCGCUGCCUGCGUUGGGCGACUGCUCAAGCUGUUGUGA